CGGCGGGGACAGCACGCGGCGCGGCCAUGGCGGACGGGGACGGUUCCAGCACGAAGAAGCGGCGGAAGAAGGAGAAGCGGGCGCUUGCCGAUGAUGAUAUAGCGGACAUUCAGCACACCGAGGAUUUUCUCAUCAGGCCCGAAUCCCGGGUGGCCCAGCUGGACACGUCGCAGUGGCCCUUGCUGCUGAAGAACUUUGACAAGUUAAAUGUGAGGACAGCACACUACACACCUCUUCCUUCCGGUUCUAAUCCCCUGAAGAGAGAGAUUUCUGACUAUGUUAGGUCUGGCUUUAUUAACCUCGACAAACCCUCCAAUCCAUCCUCUCACGAGGUGGUUGCGUGGAUCCGGCGCAUCCUGCGCGUGGAGAAGACGGGGCACAGUGGCACCCUGGAUCCCAAGGUGACUGGGUGCCUCAUUGUGUGCAUCGAGAGGGCAACACGGCUGGUCAAAUCUCAACAGAGCGCAGGCAAAGAGUAUGUGGGAAUUGUUCGGCUGCACAAUGCCAUUGAAAGUGAGGCUCAGCUGGCCAGGGCCAUAGAAACCCUGACAGGUGCCCUGUUCCAGCGGCCACCCCUCAUUGCUGCUGUCAAACGACAACUGAGAGUCAGAACCAUUUAUGAGAGCAAGCUGGUGGAGUAUGAUCCUGAGAGAAGACUAGGUAUCUUCUGGGUGAGCUGUGAAGCGGGCACAUACAUCCGAACCCUCUGUGUUCACCUGGGAUUGCUGCUGGGCGUGGGGGGCCAGAUGCAGGAGCUCCGCAGAGUCCGCUCAGGCAUCCUGGGAGAGAUGGACAACAUGGUGACCAUGCACGACGUGCUGGAUGCCCAGUGGCAGUACGACAACAACAAGGAUGAGAGCUACCUGCGAAGGGUCAUCCUGCCCCUGGAGAAGCUGCUGACUUCCCACAAGAGGCUCGUCAUGAAAGACAGUGCAGUUAAUGCCAUUUGCUAUGGAGCCAAGAUCAUGCUGCCUGGUGUUCUGCGGUAUGAGGAUGGGAUUGAGGUUAAUCAGGAAAUUGUUGUCAUCACCACAAAAGGAGAAGCCAUCUGCCUAGCCAUUGCCUUGAUGACCACAGCAGUCAUUUCUACGUGUGACCAUGGCUUUGUGGCAAAGAUCAAGAGAGUGAUCAUGGAGAGAGACACAUAUCCCCGGAAGUGGGGGCUGGGUCCCAAGGCCACUCAGAAGAAGAUGAUGAUCCAGAAGGGUCUACUGGACAAGCAUGGAAAGCCCAAUGAGAGCACACCAGAGUUAUGGAAGAAGGAAUAUGUGGAUUACAGGGAUACUUCCAGGAAAGAAGCAGCUGCUGAUCACCAAGCUGCUUCAGAGGUGGACAGGGCUGCAAAAAGAAAGCGAGACUCAGAGAGUGAAAAUGAGGAAGAUGUGACCCCAUCAUCCCCUGCCACCCCACCACCAGAGGAGCUGAGCAAAAAGGCAAAGAAAAAGAAGAAGAAAGAAAAGAGGGCCAGAGAGGCAGCUGAGAGCGGGGAAGAACAAACAGAGAGGACCAGUGAGACCAGCAGCACCAAGAAGAAGAAGAAGAAGCAAAAAGAGGUAGAAGAAAGCUCGGAUUAAGCAACUGCAUCUGUCCAAAGUAGGCAACCUCAUCAGUAAGGAGGAAGGAGUUUUAGGCCUUGAAAAGAGGAGGACUGGCUUCGUGGCAGAGGAGCCAGCAAGUUCCAAGUUCUUUUUAUAUGAGUGAGUGGGUGUUUGCCCUGCUCAGGUGCCCCUCUUCAUCCUGUUUUAAGGGUUGCCAGAGGAGCAGGGUGCCUCACUGUUCCUGCACUGGAUUGAUCUCUAAAGCUGAGCACCAUGAUGCCAACAGAUGCGGUAUCUUCAGGGAAACUGUAGCUUCUGGCUUUUCCUUGGUUUCUGUUUUCACCUAGAGAGGGUGGAAUAAUCUUUCUCUCCCCACUAAUGUACUGGCUCUUUCCUUUUCUCCCAAGGCUGAAGCUGUUACCUGACAGUUAAAGAAUGUGUUGCUGCCUGGAAGAGUGGCUUUGUCACAGCCCAUGUGAAUGUGUUUGCAUUGGGACAGUCAGAUCAGUUAUUUCUGAAGGACUAUGUUUUGCUUUAACCUGGCCACAUGCUUGGCUUGACCUUCAGUUCAAUGAGAACACCCAAAUUAUUUUUCACUCCUUUUCUUCACCUUUAUCAUGAAAGGAUUAGAAAAUUUAAUUCCUCUGUUCUGUUUAUAGCACAAGGACGUGCUUGUUCUGUGUGUGCUGAUUCCCAAACCCCCUUGCCUCAGUGACCUGGGCAGUGUUUCCUUUUUGCUGCCUCUUUGCUCUUCUCUAUCUGUUUCUUGGACUGCAACACUUUUGGUUGCCUUGCCUGGUUCAGGUGUGUGCUCUGAAGGCUGGAGGUGGGGAUGUGGCUGGAGGGCAGAAG